CGCGCGAGGGUGGGAGGGAGAGAGGAAGAGAUACGGGCCUCUGAUAUGAGAUGAGAUGCCAGAGUAAAAGUUUGCGCAUUUUGCGUGCAAUCGGCGAGCUCACUGCCCUCGCGGGAGGAGCCAUUAUCAUCAUCAUUAUCGCACGCCUCCCUGGGACGCAUUGUCGCCGUUAUAGGGGACGGUGCCGAGAACGGCUGUUGGUCAGCGUCGGCCGCCGCGCGCGCGCUCGACUCUCUGUUAACAUCAGCACCAUCAACACCACCAUCAACACCGCCAUCAACACCGUCAGCAGCAGCGGCGGCGGCUACGUCCGCUCUGCAUCCUCCAUCAUCGUCAGAAGCAACAGCAGCAUCCAGGCUUGAGCUUUGGGGGAAUUCAUCCCGGCAAUAGCGUGCAUGUCCCACUAACACGACCACCACCAAAGUCGCCACCACCAACAACAACAAACGACGACAACAACAAAAACGAUUACGCACACCAACAAGAAAUCGGCGCCCAAUGUUCGCGCUACCGACGCUGAGCUUUAGCCCCCAGCAGGUUGCCAGCGUGUGCGAGACUCUGGAAGAAAGCGGCGACAUCGAGCGCCUGGGCCGCUUCCUCUGGUCCCUGCCUGUGGCCCCCGGCGCCUGGGAGGCCCUCAACCGCCAAGAGGCCGUCCUGCGAGCCAGAGCCGUGGUCGCGUUCCACGCGAGCAACUACCGCGACCUGUACGCCAUCCUGGAGGGGCACAAGUUCUCCAAGGCGUCGCACGCCAAGCUGCAGGCCAUGUGGCUCGAGGCGCACUACCUCGAGGCCGAGAGGCUCCGGGGCCGCCCGCUGGGGCCCGUGGACAAGUACCGCGUACGCAAGAAGUUCCCGCUGCCGCGCACGAUCUGGGACGGCGAGCAGAAGACGCACUGCUUCAAGGAGCGGACGCGCAGCCUGCUGCGGGAGUGGUACCUGCAGGACCCGUACCCGAACCCGGCCAAGAAGCGGGAGCUGGCCCAGGCCACGGGACUCACCCCGACGCAGGUCGGCAACUGGUUCAAGAAUCGGCGGCAGAGGGACCGCGCAGCGGCGGCCAAGAACAGGUUACAGCAGCAGACGGUGACCCACAGCGUGGCGCGCUUCCUGCCCGAGCGGGCCGAGUCGCCCGGCGAGCGAAGCCCCCCUUCGAGCUGGGGUCCCCGGGGCGGAGGCGGCGGGGUCGGCGGCGGCGGCUCGGCCGUGAGCCCGCGGCCCAGCCCCCGUGCCAGCCUGUCGGGUCUCAGCGAGAGAGACGAGGCCCUACCCUCGGCGGCGUCGAGGGCGGACAGCGACUCCAGCGAGCCCGACAUCUGAGGCCGCGAGAAAGGGGCGCGCAAGGAGGGUGGUGGGAAGAAGAAGAUAAAAAAGGACGCAGUCAUGGGAUGGGCGGGCGGGAAGGCGGUGGACUUGGUAGCCACGGGCUCCCAUAGCGAAAGCUAUACUGGAUGUGGUAUGCCGGGCACAGAUUUUUUUUUUGGUUGCGAAGCUCGGACUGACCCGACUCAAAUUAUACCCUGCGCAGAGGAAUGGACGUAUGGGCGGGUGGGAGGGGCUGGGGGGGCACAUAUAUAUGUAAUUAUACUUAUAAUUGUUUAAAAACAACAACAAAAAACUACUGCAUAAUCGAAAGAGCAAACAGCUAUAGGAAAGUUAAAUAUAAUAGAAAAUACGGACUCUCUCGCUCUUACGUACAGUAUACAUACAGAGAGAAGGGGGUGAUGGGUGUGUAACCUCUCUCUGAUUGGCCAAGGGUUGUGUAUAAAUUGAGGCUGGCGAAACCGGCAGUGAUUGCGUACAGAAGAUGAGAGCCUCGCCAAGAUCUCUCUCUCCCUCUCUCUCUCUCUCGGUGUUCUGAUCUGGAUCCUCGGAAACACGGUGUCCACUAUCUCAGCUGAAGCGGGCACCUCGACUUGACAGCAAGAAUCAUGAUUUUGCUUUCUGGCAGUCACGUUUCAUCAUUUACACGGCACACACGCGCGCGCGCACCUAUGACGUCUGUUGAUAUUCAACUACAAUUGUUUAUAGCAAACAAUGCGACUGCGGGAGAAGAAGGAGACGCGAUUAAUGUAGACAAAAGGAAGAGGAGAGAGGAAGAUGACAAUACGAUCCGUUGAAUAGAACGGACAGUAGAACUAUGUUAUAAUUGUAAUGUGUCAGGACCUUACAUCGUGUAUGAGAGUAUAUAUAUAUGGCUAUGUGGUGUAUGUUCCGCCCUAUAGACUCUAUUAGUGUUUGUGUCCAUGAAAGAACUUUUGAGUCGUUCGUGAACGAAAGCUACCGAAGAUUGAUGCGAGCGACGGCCUCCCGAGACGUGAAUGACUAAAUGAAUGAAUGAAUUUGGAAUGUGUCAGAGGCGUCCUGCAUGCAACCCCCGGUUUCGUUUUUAAUAUAUAUUCAGUAUGACUACUCUACAAAACCUGUUACAAUAAUUGUUUAUCUUUUCUUCUUUUAUAAACCAAUUGCUAUGAUUAUAGUUGAGUUCUGUUUAAUCUGGAAGACCUCCGUAUGCAUUAUAUCAGAUGCGCACUGCGGCUUGUAACAGAAUCACACAUAAAGAAUACGUGCAUAUGUUUACAUGAGUAUAUGAGUCCGUCAACACUCAUGCGUACAUACAUACACAAUUAUAUAUGUAUAUAUACAAAGGCAAAGAUUCCCUGCUGGGGCAAGUGCUGUAAGCAAGCAGCUAUGAGGAUCUGCACACGAGGUGGUGGGUGGUUACCACCACGCCCGGCCGCCUUUGUAUCCCCAGUGACAUAUACAUGCACGCACACAUACAAAUACACCUCUUACAUACGUGCGCGUACAUUUGCGUACUAAAAUGCCCACUUAGAAAUACACGAAUAAUUGUGAUGUCAAAUUAUAUACAGUCGUAAUUGUUGUGUUGUACACAUGUAUUCACACAUACACAUACAAAUAUACAUACA